GGCUGCAACGAAAAUCACCCCGGAAUUUAAGGUGCUCCAACUGCGGGAGACUCCAGGGGACACAGAAAGAAGAAAAGAACCAGUGAAACACACUGCGCGCCUGGCCGAUCGGGAAGAGCUUUGAGAGAAUUCCGUAGUCAGAAGACAAUGGCCGCUCAAAGGAAUCUCUCAGAGCGCACCAAACUGGUCCUCCUUUUCCUAUGGAUGCCCUGGGAGUCCGCAGCCCGGCAGAUCCGCUACUCGGUUCCUGAGGAACUAGAGAAAGGCUCUUUCGUGGGCAACAUCUCCAAGGACCUGGGGCUGGAGCCCCGCGAGCUGGCGGAGCGCGGGGUCCGCAUCAUCUCCAGAGGUAGGCAGCUUUUCUCUCUGAACCCGCGAGGCGGCAGCUUGGUCACCGCGGGCAGGAUAGACCGGGAGGAGCUGUGCGCCCAGAUCGCGCCCUGUGUCGUGAGCUUUAACAUCCUUGUAGAAGAUAGGGUGAAACUUUUCGGGAUAGAGAUAGAGGUAACGGAUGUCAAUGACAAUGCGCCAAAAUUCCAAGCAGAAACUCUAGAUGUAAAAAUUAAUGAAAAUGUCGCUCCGGGAAUGCGUUUUCCUCUCCCGGAAGCUACUGAUCCGGAUGUGGACGUGAACUCUCUACAGAGCUACCAGCUCAGUCCCAAUAAGCACUUCUCCCUAGUCGUUCAGAGCGGUGCUAAGGGCAUCAAGUACCCGGAGCUGGUGCUGGAGCGCGCCCUAGAUCGCGAGGAAGAGGCGAUUCAUCACCUGGUCCUCGUGGCCUCUGACGGAGGAAACCCUCCCAGAUCUGGCACUGUCCUCAUCACUGUGACCGUCUUUGAUGCAAAUGACAAUGCUCCGAUCUUCACCUCGACUGAAUACCGCGUGAACGUUCCGGAGAACCUGCCUGUGGGCACUCGGCUGCUAAAGGUAACCGCCACGGACAAAGAUGAAGGCGCCAAUGGAGAAGUGACAUACGCAUUCCGACAAUCACUGGACGCACAACUGUCCAAAUUCCAACUAGACAAAAAUACCGGGGAAAUAAAACUAUCUGAAAAUCUAGAUUAUGAAGAAAGGCGUUUCUAUGAAAUAGAAAUCCAAGCCGAAGACGGAGGGGCCUACCUUGCAACUGCAAAGGUGCUGAUUACCGUAGAAGAUGUCAACGACAACAGUCCGGAGGUGACCAUCACAUCGCUCUUCAGUCCAGUGACAGAAGAUUCGCCGGUGGGAACCGUCAUCGCCCUUUUAAACGUGCACGAUUUAGACUCUGGGCAGAAUGGAGAGGUAACCUGUUCCAUCUCUGGGAAUCUACCCUUUAAAUUAGAAAAGUCCAUUGACAGUUACUAUAGGCUAGUGACACAAACAGCCCUUGAUAGGGAGCAGGUACCCUCUUACAACAUCACAGUAACAGCCACUGAUGGAGGAAACCCACCUUUGUCAACCAAAGCUCACUUCACUCUACAAGUGGCGGAUAUCAACGACAACCCGCCCACCUUCUCUCAUACUUCCUACCUUACCUACAUCCCAGAGAACAAUCCCAGAGGUGCCUCCAUCUUCUCAGUGACUGCCCUCGAUCCAGACAGCAAAGAGAAUGCCCAGAUCCUUUACUCUCUGGCUGAAGACACCAUCGAGGGGGCGCCACUCUCUUCUUACAUAUCCAUCAACUCAGACACUGGCAUCCUCUAUGCGCUCUGGUCCUUUGACUAUGAGCAGUUCCGCGAACUGCAGGUGCAAGUGACUGCUAGCGACAGCGGAAAGCCUCCCCUCCACAGUAACGUGUCAUUGACCCUGUUCGUGCUAGAUCAGAAUGACAACUCUCCAGAAAUUCUGUACCCCACCAUGCCCACUGACGGCUCCACUGGGGUAGAGCUUGCUCCCCGCUCAGCAGAGUUGGGCUAUCUGGUGACAAAGGUGGUGGCAGUGGACAGAGACUCAGGACAGAACGCCUGGCUUUCCUAUCGUCUUCUCAAGGCCAGCGAACCAGGACUCUUCACGGUAGGGCUGCACACAGGUGAGGUGCGCACAGCGCGAGCCCUGAUGGAGAGAGAUGCUCUCAAGCAGAAUCUAGUGGUGGCUGUGCAGGACCACGGCCAGCCCCCUCUCUCCGCAACGGUCACUUUGACUGUUGCAAUAGCUGACAGCAUCCCUGAUGUUCUGGCAGACUUGAGCAACCUGGAGCCACCAAAGGACUCUGAGGCCUCAAGCCUCACACUCUACCUAGUAGUGGCAGUGGCAGCGGUCUCCUGCAUUUUUCUCGCCUUCGUCAUUGUGUUGUUGGCACUCAAACUUCGGCGCUGGCACAAGUCUCACAUGCUGCAGUCUUCGAGAGAUGAAUUGCCUGGCGUGCCUGCCUCUCACUAUGUGGGCGUGGACGGGGUGCGUGCUUUCUUGCAGACCUAUUCGCACGAGGUUUCCCUCACUGCUGAUUCGCGGAAGAGCCAUCUGAUCUUCCCGCAACCUAACUACGCAGACACGCUCAUCAGCCAGGAGAGCUGUGAGAAAAAAGAUCCUUUGUCUUUGUUAGACGAUUCGAAGUGUCCUGUAGAAGAUGCCCCUUUGGUGCCACAAGCCCCGCCCAACACUGACUGGCGUUUCUCUCAAGCCCAGAGACCCGGCACGAGCGGAUCCCAAAAUGGGGAUGAAACCGGCACCUGGCCCAACAACCAGUUCGAUACAGAGAUGCUGCAAGCCAUGAUCUUGGCCUCUGCCAGUGAAGCCGCUGAUGGGAGCUCCACUCUGGGAGGGGGCACUGGCACUAUGGGUUUGAGCGCUCGAUAUGGACCCCAGUUUACCCUGCAGCACGUGCCUGACUACCGCCAGAACGUGUACAUCCCUGGCAGCAAUGCCACACUGACCAACGCAGCUGGCAAACGAGAUGGCAAGGCUCCGGCAGGCGGCAAUGGCAACAAGAAGAAGUCGGGCAAGAAAGAGAAGAAGUAAUAUGGAGGCCAGGCCUUGAGCCACAGGGCAGCCUCCCUCCCCAGCCAGUCCAGCUUGUCCUUACUUGUACCCAGGCCUCAGAAUUUCAGGGCUCACCCCAGGAUUCUGGUAGGAGCCACAGCCAGGCCAUGCUCCCCGUUGGGAAACAGAAACAAGUGCCCAAGCCAACACCCCCUCUUUGUACCCUAGGGGGGUUGAAUAUGCAAAGAGAGUUCUGCUGGGACCCCCUAUCCAAUCAGUGAUUGUACCCACAUAGGUAGCAGGGUUAGUGUGGAUACACACACACACACACACACACACACACACACACACACAAACACCAUGCCACACUCCCCUAGUUACAGCUGAACUCCCCAUCUUCCAACCCAGUCAGGCUCAUUCAUCUCCAGCCUCCCUCUCCCCACCCCACCCUUUCAGUCAACACCCUCUCUUUGAGCCAGGUAGUUGGGCUGUUGGGGUGACAGGUGAGCUAAGGGGGCUCCUAGUUCUGAACAGGUGGGAGAGUAUUACAAUCCUUUGGCCUCUCCUUCAGUUCAGCUGUCCCCCAAAGCAUGGUUUGGUACCAGUCUUCUCAUUUCCUCCUAGAGCCUGAGACCAAUGCUUAAGUUUUGGGGAACAGUCACCAUGCCCCUGGUACUGAUGAUGCUUGCUGGAUUUUUGGGAAGGCAUUUUGCUACUAAGCCUCUUUUCAAUGCCUGGGGACUACCAGUCUUCUGUUCUCCAUUGUUUGAUGUUCCCACUGCAUGCUGUGACUUCCUACUCCUCAAAGAAGAGACUCCUUUGCAUGUCUGGAGACAGUAGGGGGUGGUAAACUAAAGGGAAGCUGAGUGUAUACUGCUGGGAGUGGGGGCAGUGGACAAAACAGCCUGUUAAUAGGGUCUUGCAAGGGGCUCUGUACGUACCCAGGGUACUGGCUCAAUCCUCAAAUUCUAGCCAUAGACAAACAUCAGGCCAGACCCCUCCCUCCUGGUUCAGCCUGGGCAGCUUGGGCUGAGCCACCAGGACCAAUGGAUUUAAGCUGACAUUUCAGUCCAAGAAGACUUCUAAGUGAGUUUAAGACCAGAGAGGAAAGAGGGGCCUCUGUGGGUGCUGGGUACUCCAGAGGUGCCCUUGGUGGGAGGGUCAGUGGUCCUAGCAGGAAGGGAGCCCAGCAAGGUCAUUCUUGGACCCUGGGUCUAGUCCGGUAGCUAGAACAAGGGACCAAGUGGCUAUAAAGUCUCAGCCAAUGAUGAGGCUUUUCCCCUGGGCCUCUGGGCCCCUGUAUUCCUCAAGCCCCUGGCCUCCACCUUACCAGGUGCCAUUUCUCAGAAGGCCACUGCCCAGGCCCCCAGGCCGCCCCCUCGUGGCCACAGACCGGUUAAAGCCCCCCAGUGCCUCCUUGUGCAUAGAACUUCCUCUGCCCGAGCCCUUACAGUAGUGUAGAAGCCCCCUUCCUCCUCCCGCUGGUGUAGAAUAGCCAAUAGUAUAGUGUGGUGUGCUUUUACGUGAUGGCGAGUGGGCAGCGGGCGGUGGGCUGUGCGCAGCCGUCUGUCCUUUGAAUCUCAAUCUGCCUGCGCGGCCAGUGCUGUGUUUUGUGCUGUGUCCACACGCUGCGGCGACCCCUCCCUGUACUGACUUCUCUAUAAAAGCUUCUCUUCGCAUAGUCACGUAGCUCCUGCCCAUCCCCCUUCCGAUAUCUCUCGCAAGUUUUAUACUCUAAUAUUUAUAUGGCUUUUUUCUUCGAAAAUUAAAAAUAAAAAAUGGUUUCUUCUG